AUGGCGACUAGCAGCAACAGCAGCAGCAGCAACAAUGCUGGGUCCCGCAGGUCCGGGACGCGACGCGACGCCCAUCGAUCGGCGGUCAGCCUGCACCACACCAGACGACAGUCGGCCAGCGACCGACUGGACGAGAUCCUGGAGAACGCCCGCCAGCGAGCCGACAACAUGGCCGCUGACUCCGCCGCCUCGCCCGGGAACCCAGCCUCGCCCAAUGCCACCGGCCUCAGACGAUCCGGCACGAUGCUCUCGUUCGAGGAACCCUCCGCGCCGGCCGACGAGACGACGGCAUUUCUUCCCCGACCGCAGGGCCCACGGCAAGGCAGCUACUCUUCGAUUACGAAUGACGUGAAUGGAGGGCAUAGAAAGUCCGUGUACCGACGGCCGAGACUAUCACGGCAGCAGAGCGAGGAGGGCACCGACCCCAGUGGCCCUAUAAACGGGGAUCAGGACCAUGUCUCGUUUGAGGAAGUGGCACCGUCUCCGUCAUCGUCUUGGUGGACCAAGGUCACGGCUCCCUUCCGAUCCAUCGAGCUCGAGAACAAGGGCAGCGUAGCGCGGGACCAUCUCGCUCUCGAGCGCACAUUUCUCGCCUGGCUGCGCACCUCGCUAGCCUUUGCGUCCAUCGGCAUCGCCGUCACGCAGCUCUUCCGCCUCAACACCUCGCUCCCGGACUCGGGCUCGCUCAACCAGGACACACUUCGGCAGGUGGGCAAGCCGCUGGGCGCCGCGUUCCUGGGCAUCAGCAUCCUCAUCCUCCUGCUCGGCUACAGGCGCUUCUUCCUUGGGCAGCAGUGGGUUAUCAAGGGCAAGUUUCCCGCGAGCCGGGGCACGGUCAUGCUGUUGGUGCUUGUCACGCUUGCCAUCAUGGUUCUCAGUCUGGUUGUGGUCAUAGUGAUACACCCCAAGGAGGAGUGA